GGGACAGUGAGGCGAGAUCAUGUGUCUUUCUCAAGAAAUCAAACUACAGCCCUAAAGAGAAGCUUUUAUUUUUCUUCUGUCUGAAGAGAAUACUCAGCAGACAUGGCCACAGCCAGCAGCCUCGCAUUUGAGGAACAACUCUGUUGCUCUAUCUGUCUCCACGAGUUCACAGAUCCUGUCUCUACUCCAUGUGGACACAACUACUGCAUGGCUUGCAUCACAGGAUACUGGUCCACCAGUGACGUGACGCAGUGUCCCCUCUGUAAGAAAGAGUUCUGCAGCCCACCACAGCUUCAGGUCAACACAGAGUUCAGAGACAUGGUUGAGCGUUUUCACAGCAUGAGGCUGAGGGGUGAAGAUGGCACCAUUGCACAACCAGGGGAGGUUCCCUGUGAUGUCUGCCGUGGACCGAAAUUGAAGGCCCAGAAGACAUGCCUGUUGUGUUUGUCCUCUUACUGUCAGAACCAUCUUGAGGUGCAUCAGGGAGUCACAGCACGUAAGAAGCACCAGCUCAUCGACCCAGUGUGGAACCUGGAGGAUAGGGUGUGUAAGAAACAUGACAAGGUAUUCGAGCUCUUCUGCCAGGAUGACCAGACGUGUGUUUGUGUCAUGUGCUUGAGAGAUGACCAUGUGACGCACAAAGCUGUCCCUCUGGAGCGUGAGAUCACAGAGAGAAAGGCCCGCUUGGAUGAUGUAGCUUCAGAGAUAAAGGCGAUGGAAACUGCUAAAUGCAGGAGCAUUGAGGAAAUUAAAAACUCACUGGCACAAAUCAAGGAACAGUCAGAGAAAGAGAUGGAAGAAAUCGCUCAAGUUUUCACCGAUCUGAUUCUCUCCCUUCAAAGGUGCCAGGCUGAGCUGGUUGAGUUGAUCAAAGGGAAGCAGGAAGCAGCAGAGAAGCAGGCUGAAGACCUUCUGAAAAAGCUGGAGCAGGAUGUUGCUGACCUGAGGAGAAGUAGAACCAAAAUGGAGGUGCUUUUAACAAAGGACGACCUUCAACUACUGCAGAGCAGUCCACCUCUAGAUCUCCCUGGACAUCAAGGGGACCAAUUCGACCCUCUGAUGGACUUAAACCCUCCAUUAGCGCCUGAGGUUUCAGAUAUAAGUGGACAGAGUUAUAUGGGAAUGGUGAGAACGGCUGUGGCUCAGAUGGAGAAGAUGUUUAGAAAUGAUAUGGAGACGCUGAUUCAUGAGGUCAGGCUUUCUGAUGGCACUGAAGUGACUGAACCAAGUGGUGCAGCUGGACAGAUAAUAUUGGCUGGGUAUAUAAAUGAACUUUGGGAUCCGCCUCUGGAUAAGAUGAUGAUGAUCCAACAGUGCGAUGCAGUGGAUGUGACUCUGGAUGCCGACACAGCCCAUUCACGUCUUGUGGUGUCAGAGAAUGGGAAACAGCUGAGAGUUCAUACUGGUCGACUGUUUUUUCCUGCUUUAUUUGGGCACAGGUUUACACAUCAUAAAUUUAUUCUCGGAAAAGAUGGAUUCUCUUUAGGAAGGUUCUACUUUGAGGUGCAGGUCAGUGGCUGUAACAGCUGGCUCUUGGGAGUGGUCAAAGAGUCCUUUAAUAGAGAGAGUCGGUCUUUUCCCCUCCGCAUGGAUGGGGGAUGGAUAUUUCAUGGAUCAAACACCAAGUCUCACUUUGCCAAAUACUGUGGUGAUAUCUCUGCUGGUUCUUUCUACCUGAGGGUAAAGCCCCAGAGAGUUGGCGUGUUUGUGGAUUAUGAAAAAGGAGAGGUUUCCUUCUAUGACAUGGACACGCGGGCUCAGAUCUACUCCUACACAGGUUGUAACUUCACAGAGACAACACCACCACUGAAAGCCUUUCUCUAUUCCAUGGCUGGUGCUCCAGUAAACAAGCCUCUAAAGCUUUAUCCUAUUUUGGGUAUCUUUGGAGAGAAUCCUGAUGACGUACUUGAAAUCAAUCCUUUUGACCCAUUACACUGAAGGUUAGGGAGGAUCUGAAACCUAUUUGAUCUUCAAGAUACAGAGUCAAAAAUAAUAGUUUGUGUUUUAAACAGCACCUGGUGUUAACCAAAUGCCUAGGUUAUUUAAACUACUGCCAGCACUAUAGGUCUGUGGAAAUAUCCAAUUUCCAGACAGUAAAAGCACAGUGGCUGGUCAAAAAGAAGGGCAGUGUUGGCCCUUGACCUUGACCUUUUAUCUAAUAAUGCAGUGAGUCAGUCUGUUAAUCAGAGUGGACUGUAAUGUUUGAAGAGAAUAUGUCAAAGCAUUCUUGAGAUAGUACACUCAAAAGCAAGGGAUGAACAUAGCCCAAUGACUUGACUUUUUACGCUGGACAUUCACAACACAAUUUGAAACCCAAUUUGAGGCCAGAUUUGCCUCCCCCAAUGAUCCUGGGGGCGUAUACCAAGUUGAGGUUCGUCCAUCCAUUUUCUAUACCACUUAUCCCGUUGGGGGUUGCGAGGGGGCUAGAGCCUAUCCCAGCUGUCAUUGGGCGAGAAGCAAGGUACACCCUGGACUGGUUGGCAGUCAGUCACAGGGCUGGAGGCUUAUCCCCCAAAUUAUGAUAUUUACAGUUCUAGGUCAUAGUGCCUCAGAUGGAAAACCCACAACCAAUGAAAGUGAGCAGAACGGGAAGCAUCACCAACUGGAUCUUACAUACUUUCACCGCUCACAAACUUAAACACAACUAAUUUUUGCUGCAGCUGUAAAAUAUGCCAGGACAGACUGUUGUGGAGGGACAUGCCGAGGAUAUCAACAGACAUCCAUGUUUGUUUUUCUUCUGAAGUCUUCUGAAGCCAAGAACCCAAUGGUCACCCUUACUCAGCUCCAGAGAUCCCGUGUGGAGAUGGGACAAAGGUUCAGAUGGACAACCAACACCACAGCCCUCCACCAUGGCACAUAGUCCCAGGUUGUGGCACACUGGGCCCUGUAUCAAAUGGCUGUAUAUGUUCCAGUAUGUAUGCAGGAUGUAAUGGAAAUUUAGUCAAGUAGAAUUCUUUGCAACACAGUGCUGUUUUCUAUGUCUCUACAUCAGUGUUAUAAUCACAUCAUGUCUGGCUUUUCUCGGUUAAUCCUGCUUAUGUAGUUUUAUUCAAAUCUCAGCAGUUCUUUGUGAAUAUGUGCCUUUUUCAGCUGUUCUUUGGCAGACUGCUAUUAUACUGUUUUGCAAACUUUACAAAGGCUUCAUUAAAAAAAAAACCUCAGAAAGAUGACUCAUUAAUGUGGACAUAUCUAUUUCAGAUCUCUAUAACAUCUCUCCCAGUUGUUGUCUGUCCUCUUUCCAGAAACAA